CGCAGCCUGGAGUGGCCCGGGGCCCGGCCAUGUCCGCCUCCUGCCUGGGCCUGGCGGGCCCCGCUUCAGCACCGGCCGAGCUGGACAGCGCCCGCUGCCUGGAGCGCCCGGGCGGGGCGGGUCAGGCGGCGGUGGCCAAGGACAGCCGGAGCGCCGCAGCGCCGGCUCCAGCGGCCGCCAGUGCGGGCGGAGGCGGCGGUCCCGGCGGCAGCGAGCUGCUGGAGCUGGCGCUGGAGGAGGAGCUGGCCCUGCUGGCCGCCGCUGGGGACGCGCCCCCCGGCGGGGAGCCGGAGCCGGUGGCGGCGGCGGCGGCGGCGGCGGCCUCCCCGGAGCCCCCCGAGUGGCUGGCGCUGAUGCGGCAGAAGGAGAAGGACCUGGUGCUGGCCGCCCGGCUGGGGAAGGCGCUGCUGGAGCGCAACCAGGACAUGAGCCGCCAGUACGAGCGCAUGCACCAGGAGCUGACCGACAAGCUGGAGCACCUGGAACAAGAGAAACAUGAACUCAGGAGAAGGUUUGAGAACAAAGAAGGGGAGUGGGAAGGAAGAGUAUCUGAGCUGGAGAGUGACGUGAAACAGCUCCAGGAUGAACUGGAGAAGCAACAGGUUCACCUCCGGGAAGCAGAUCGAGAGAAGACGCGGGCAGUCCAGGAAUUAUCUGAACAGAACCAAAGACUCUUGGAUCAGCUCAGCAGGGCAUCGGAGGUGGAAAGACAGCUCUCCACGCAGGUUCAUGUCCUCCAAGAGGACUUCAGGGAGAAGAAGUCAUCUACCAACCAGCACAUCGUACGACUUGAAAGUCUUCAAGCUGAGAUUAAGAUGCUUACAGAUAGGAAGCAGGAGCUGGAGCGCCGCCUCAGUGCCAUGAUGGAGGAAAAUAAUCUCCUUCAGGGAACCGUGGAGGAGCUUCAAGACCGAGUGCUAAUUCUGGAGCGGCAAAGCCACGAGAAAGACAUGCAGUUGCAUCAGAGCCAGCUGGAACUUCAGGAGGUGAGACUCUCUUACCGGCAGCUGCAGCUAAAAGUGGAAGAGCUCAGCGAGGAAAGAAGCCUCCAGAAUUUCAACUCAGCAAGCACGUCCCUGUUGUCGGAGAUAGAGCAGAGCAUGGAGGCCGAGGAGCUGGAGCAAGAGAGAGAACAGCUGAGACUCCAGCUCUGGGAGGCCUAUUGCCAGGUCAGGUACUUGUGCACUCACCUCAGAGGGAACGACAGCGCAGAUUCUGCAGUCUCCACCGACUCUUCCAUGGACGAGUCUUCAGAAACCUCGUCGGCCAAAGAUGUGCCCGCCGGUAGCCUGCGAACUGCUCUCAGUGAGCUGAAGAGGCUGAUUCAAAGUGCUAUCGACAGCACCGACUCCUCGAGCUCUCGGAGAAGUGACGACGAUGCCUUAGAAGAACAGAUCAAGCAGACGAGUGAGGAUUCAAGAGCCCUGAGGGAGCUGAUGGAAGGGGAAAGGGGGAAACUGAGGCAAAGCCUGGAGGAGCUACAGCAACUCCACAGCCAGGUGACAUUGCUGAGUGUAGAAAUGACUUCCCUGAAAGAGGAAAGGGACCGACUCAGAGGAACUGUUGACGAUAAAGAAACGAGUGAACAGCUCUUGAAGGCCAUCAGGGAUCGGGAUGAAGCAAUCUCCAAGAAGAAUGCCGUCGAAAUGGAACUAGCAAAGUGCAAGAUUGAUAUGAUGUCUUUGAAUAGUCAGCUCUUGGAUGCUAUUCAGCAGAAGCUUAAUCUUUCGCAGCAGCUUGAGGCCUGGCAGGAUGACAUGCAGAGGGUCAUUGACCAGCAGCUAAUGGACAAACACCCCAAGGAAUGGAGCCAGCCCACGUACUCCUUCUCCAGCGGCCACGGAGCCAAGCGGCGCCCCAGACCCUCCCCCUUGCUGAGGCCAGAGCAACAGGGGCCGGAUCCCGUCGGGCCAGAAGGGAGUCGCCUCUUUUCCUUCUUCAAGAAAAAUUAAUUUGGACCGAGCAGCCCUGCUCCCGUUACGCCUCUUUAUUUUAUUGGGCAGGGAGGUGAAGAGAGCCGGCUUGUAGAGGAAGGCCCCCAGUUCCGAUCACCGAAGAAAUCCACCAAGGGCAAAGGAGAUAACCGUUGUGAACCCUGCACGGCUUGCAACCCGUGUGGUCUGAACUCAAUGUUUACAUGCGUUGAUAGUCAAAUGGCUGGUCUCCAGCACGGUACCAGUGGAAAGGACUCUUCCUAUACCUUAAGCAACGCAAAAAGAAAAUGCAAAAACCUUCAGGGUCUCUGGUUGGGUCUGCUCUGUUACUGCUGUGAGUAACCCAGAUAUCUUAAGGUCCAUCUCCUCUGCCAAAGAGGGAAAUUUAAAGGAGGAGCCCCAGGGGUAGGCAAGGGCGGCGGGGUGUGUGUGUGUGUGAUGAUGGAAGAGCUCAUGAGGUGGAGGGUGUGGGUGGAAGGUGCCCACAGGAAGAGGCCCCACAUCCCUAACCCAGUGGGAUUGUGUUGGCACUGGGUCCCAUCUGUCUGUGCCCCCCAUUUCGCAGAUCUGUGGCCAACGUCCUGUUUAAAGACACAGGAACUUUAAAUUGGCCCUGUCACGGCACGGAGCAGAGGCAGUGGUUUAACAUGCGCCUUUGCCUCCAGAUGCGCCGUAAGAGGCCACACGUGUCUCUUGGAGUCACUUGCGCAUGAUUAAGAGGGAAAUAGAGUCGUCAGGCCAGGGGUGGGGUGGUUGGUCCAAGCAUGCACCUGGAGGACAGCCCAGCUAGUGCUGCACAUCCCGGUCAGCUCGACUGCAGCUUCAGGAGGUUCUGCACAACCCGCAGCAGCUGGACCUGGGGAACCGCCUGCAGGCAGAAGCCGCGGCCAUAGUAACCGCUUCUCACACUGCUGGGUGAGUUCCCGCAGGCGCAAGUGAGCGCAAGGCCGGGAAUGAGUCCUGGGGGCAGCUCAAAGCUUGGGGGAGUCUCUGGGAAUCUGAGUGGGGCUGGGUUGCUCCUGCCCAAAAGCACACCUCGGCCUCCCUCCCGAUCCGCUCCUGGCUGCUGUCCUGGGCUUUGCAGGAGGGUCGGCUGGGGGGUCGUGGAAGCCAAGUUAGAGGAGCGUGACGUUUUCAGCGGGGGAGGGCUACUGCCUGGCUGUAGCACAACAGUUGCAUAAAUGUGUGCGACAAAAGAAUGGACCGGUUUCCAUUGUUGUGCAACUUAUGCAACUUGUGCAAAUGUGCAUUCCUGGGCUUGACAGACUCUUGGGCAGUAGCUCAGCCUUGGGCAUCGUGUCCAGCUGGGGCCAGACAGAAGCAGCCAGCAUCCCUGGCUGCCUCACCUGUAGCUGCGUGGGUGUGACACUGCACUGGGAGGGAAAGGCAGUGCUUUGCUGUUGCUCAUGGAUGUGCAAGGAAGGAAGGUCUCCUUUCUUAAGAGCCAGGCUCUUUGGCUGGGGGGUUCCCAGACUGGGCACAGCUGUUCUUGCCUUUCUGUUGAGGCUGCGAAUGAUGGGAGUUGUAGCCUGGAACCCCUUGGUAGCCAUGUUUGGGAGCCCCUGGCCCCAGCUACACACUGCCUCAAGAGCACUCUCUGGUGCCUCUUGCUCUGGGGUCCAUUUUCAAGCCGGUUUUUCCUCCUCUUGGCCAGCUGCAAGCCUUCGCCAAGUCAGAGCUGAUGGAGAACCAGUCUGGCACCCGGCCCUUCCACCCACAUCUAGCAAACAGUGAGCGACAGAAAGGGGAAACCCCCCACACACACACACCCCACACACACCCCACCCCACAGUUGCAACCCAAGGAAGAGCUUCUGGCCACUAGUGGAAGGCACCUUGCUCCUGUGGCUAAUCACGAGGCCUUGGCCACUUUUUAAGUGGGGCUCGGUUUUCUGGGCCAAGCAAGCAAAGCUGUGCACAUCUCUCCAUGAUUCCCCAGCCACAGUUCUCUCUCCGCCACCCCCACUGCAGGAAGGGUGGACGUUGGGUCAUUUAGCCUCCCUACAGGCAGGAGGGUGCCGCUAAGAGCAGGCUGCUGGCCUGUACUGUACAGCCGCAUGGCAGCUGUAAACACAAGAGCAGGCCCUUCCAUUGCUAAAGGUUGCCGUUAGAAGGGAUUGUGCAUUCGUGCCCCAGGGCCCUGCACUGGCUAUGGCAGCGGGCAUGCUGAAAGGGGAGAGGGGAGGCCACACAGCGGCCUUCUUGGCGUGCAGUGCUGUCGAAGCUCUCUGGCAGAGGACAAAGCUUUUGGCUGAGUGGGCUGGCCAUCGGAAGAGCUAGCGUAGGAUGCCUCGGUUUGGGUCCCCGGAUGUUGCUGGUCUACAGCUCUGACCAUCCCCAGUCAUAAGGGACGCAGUAGUGGUAGCCCAGUACCAGCAUCCGGGGGUCCAAGCAGGGGACCCGCUGAGGCCACGGUUUAUCCUGAGCCCGAAGCCCACACUGGCUGAAGAUGAAAUCACAGCCCCUGCUGUUUGAGGGGGUAAGCUGGAGAUAGAAGGCACUGUGCGAGUAGUACUGAGGCUGCACAGUGGCUACUCCUUACAUUCACCCCAGGAACGUUGAUCCAGUGGCCCAUUAAAUUCGCCAGGUGAGUUGGGCUCGCCCUGAGACCAGUGCCUCCCUCCCACCCCUUUAAAGUAAGAGAGCGUACGACACACUUAAAAAAUAAAUAAAUCCCCACAAUUGUUAUUGCAUUGAGCAGCCGCCUAACUCAACGGGGUGAGGAGCAAAGCAAAGUUGUGUAAAGGGUUUGGAUACAGCCUACAUUGGGACUUCCUGUGGAAGUUUGAGGCCAACCACAGGGGGGGUCACUGAGGUGGGGACUCCCAGGCUAGAGCCAAGCUGUUGUGCCCAGGUCAAUAACCGUCCGAGAACAGAUAAAAGCAGGAAGGAACAUUCCCCUGUAAUGCAAGCUGGAAUUGGAUGGGUGCUUUCUUUGGGGGAAGCCCCCCUGAGCAGUGCAAGGUUUACUUUUAAGUAAACAUGUGUGAAAUGUUGAGUACCAUCCAUGAGAGGGAGUGGUGAAAAUGUACCCUGUCAUUUUACCCACCUGCUGCAGGGUUAGCCAUUGCACAUUGCCGUGGGAAGCAAUGCAACGGAAGCAAUAAAAAAAGAGAGAAAUGGUCCCCCUGAGUGAUCCAGAGUUCUCUCUGGCUUGCACUUUGACACCUUCUCCGGGCAUUACAAGCCCCCUGCACUUGUGGCCAAGCCCUAGUGAUGUCCUUGCUCCAUCAACCUAGCCUUUGGGGCAGGAAUCUAGCAAGCCCCACUCUCAAACUGCAGUGGCACUACAGAACCACACCCAGGCGUGCUGUUUCUGGCCUCCACUAUACAUUCGGGAGGAGCUGGGCUGUGAGAGCUGAGACUAAGUGUUCUAGGUCAGCCCUUUCACCCUUUAGGCAGGAGUUCUCCCGUUUGGGUCACCAGAUGUUGUCGGACCACAACUUCCAGCAUCACUCUGUCUAACAGGGAUUCCCAGAUGUUGACUACACCUCCCAGUAUCCCCAGCUGCAAUGGCUUUGGCUUGGGGAUUAUGGAAGUUGUAGUCAACAACAUCUGGGAACCCCUGUUAGAGGGAACGCUGAUCCCCAGCCCCAGUGAUGCUGGGAGUUGUAGUCCAACAUCUGGGGACCCAGGUUUGAGAACUCCUGCCUAAAGGAUUUGUUGAGAAGGGAAGCAACUGCAGUGAGAUCAUGGGCCACUUUUCAGCAGGGGUUCCUAACUUGUGGUCCUCCAGAUCUUGCUGAACUACAACUUCCAUCAUCCUCAGCCACAAUAAAUUGUAGCUGUUGAUGAUAGUUGUCGUUCCACAACAUCUAACGCGCCACAGGUGGGAAACCUCUGAGCUAAGUGAUUGCACAAAGAGGCAGUCAAAUUUGUGUGUUUCUAAAAAAAAAGUUCAUGAUUUGCACUUAAAUAGACAUUGUCAUGUCACCUCUCUUUAUCCAAAUCUGGUUCCAUGUUUCAGACCAUUUGAAAAGUGGCCCAUGACACCUAACCAGAUUUCAAUCCUGAAACUUUCAAGUUCUACCUGCUAGGCAUUCUGAGGUGGGCAGAGAAAGAAAGCUAUAAUGCUGUUGUUGGCCGCUGCUGAGUGGCAAAUUGUCCCGAGGAGUUGGAUCUGGAAGGAACAGCUCCUUUUCGGGUUAGGGUUAGAACAGAAGCAGAGCUAAGUAGUGAAGGGAGAACGGUUCAUGCUUCCCUGGGUCUCCCCUCAACCCCUCCCUAUCAGCAACUAAUAGUCUCAGUUCUUAGCAGGGGGAGCUACAAGUAGCUACUUUUCAAAGGCCAUUAGGACAGCGGCUGAUGGGAGUUGUAGUCCAGCACCUGUGGGGGACUCAAGAAGGCUGCUGGGUGAUCCGGCUCAUAGACCGAAACGAGAUCGGGUGGGAAGCUGCCGGUGGCAAACGUCAUCUUCAGAAGAUGGGAGGGCGUCAGGGCCUGUUGUACCAGUUCAGCAUCUCCAACCCCUCGCCCUCAGGGGUUCUCAGAUCCUUAGAUGUGACUGGAUUACAACUCCCAUUCCCAAAGCAAGAUGGGCUGCGGAGCUGUGACAAGAGGGCCCUUUGGGGGGGACAGCAAAAAAGGGGGGGAAAGCACACAGCAGGGCUGAACAGACAGAAUGUAUCUCUAUAGGUAUGUAUAUACCACACAGUGCAGUAAUUUUUGUAUGUAGCAGUCAUGUAAAUAAGUGUAUGUUUUUUAUAAGAUUCUAUAAAGGCAUAUUUUAGUAGAAAACCCCACUCUACGGCUUCUUUUGUAAAUAGAUCUCCUCUGAAUAAAAUGGGUCCAUUUCUACA